AUUUGAAAACGCCUAUAAUUCAGAUAUACAGCCUUACCUAAAUAAAUAAAUGCAAAACCUUUAAAUAAACAUAUUAAAUCAGAGAUAAAUGAUAUAAAUAUUUAACUAAAACAAGUAAUCUUUACAAUAUUUCAAAAAAACCAAUAACUUUUUAAACAAGUUCUAACAAAAUUUUACCCGCAACUAAGCAAGUAACACUUUCUUCAUACUCCACAAAGAAAAUCUAAAAUUUACAAAAAACAUAAAACUUCAACAUUAAUAACAAUUAGAGCAAAGACAAAAAGAACAAACAACAAGUAAAAAAACCCGCAUAAAUUAUAAACAAAAAUUCAAAAUACACCUGAAGAAAAACUAAACCAAAAAACCCAAACAGUAGCAGCAAGAAACUUCAAAACCAGCAUUAAACAGCAGCAGCAAUAAUAAUUUAAACAGUUUUGUAGUCUAUUUAUUUUAAAAUACAAAACAAGACUACCUACCCAGCCAACAUCAUUAAGAUUAAGUAAAAAAUCUUCUCUUAAUCAUCAUAAUUAUAAUAAAAAUAAUUAAUGUGUUAAAUUUUAUUAGUUGAUUUUUAAGUUUUUGCACAUUAUUUUAUUAUAAUUUCUGCUUCACAUAAAUUUUUGAUUUAAUUAUUGCAAAUAAUUAUUAAAAAAAAGAAAAAUUUAACAAAAUGUAUUUAAUACAGACUGUCCAAUCGUCGUGGCGACCACAAUUGCCCCUACCCAAAGAAGUUCAUCUCUCAAAUGAGAACAUCAAUCGCAACCACCUUCAUCAUUUACAACCAGAAGACGACGACGUCGACAUCGACGAAAUACAAAUUAUCGACAGCGAUAUGGAACGAUUUCAUUUAAGUAGCAACAAUAAAAAAGACUCUUCCCUCAACGGCUCACAACUCUCGAAUGCCAGUCACAAUGGCAGCAAUUCGAAUAAGAAAUGGUCGUUUGGUCGCUUGUUUCGGCGCAAAAAGGAAGUCGAAACGGAAUCCUCAUCGGAAGAGGACCGUAAGGCGGGUUUCGUGCCCACACCAAAAUAUAAUCGCAGUGCUAGUAACCCUGUGGCCGCAAUCACUUCAACGCCAAAUAAGAAAACCAAAUCAUCGAAAUCUGCUAGUCGCGGUAGCAAGUUAAUGAGCGGUAAUUUUGAUCAUGUCGUUAUGAGUCCAGCACCAACGGGCAACAGUUCUCAAAAUUUGAGUUCAUCCUCAGUUCAACAUGUGGAUAAUGAGUUUUUCCUGCCCGUUGAAACUGUGCCUGCUCAGGAGCCGUACUAUCAAAAUAAUCCGCAUGUGCAGGCGCCUCAGCCCCAGCAGCGUUUGCAUCAUUCUCAACAGUACCUGCCGCAUGUACCUCAAACGCAACAACAAUUGAUGAGUAGAUCUGCUCACUCCUUGGAUCGUAGAUCCAAGCGUACGACGCAAAAAUUAGCCCCCAAUGGUGUAACAUCUACUGAUGUUGUAGGUUCUUCUAGUGAAGAGGAGGAAAUAAUCUCCUUAAAUUCUACCACUUUCGCCAAAUAUCGCAGUGAUGAAAGCAUUCAUAGUGGCGGCCAGGCUCAAGCUAAUGGCCAAAGUCGUAGAUCAAGGGCUGCACGCAAUGAACGCUACUACAAGCGUUUAUCGCGUGAUGGUGAGGUUAGUCACGGGCAGGUUCCCGUUAUGUAUGCUCAACAGCCUACCCAAAGAUGGAAAACACAGCCUGUGCCCUUGUCGAUUUAUCAGGCUCCCAAGCAACAGGUGGCCGCUCCCCAACAACCUCAGCCGCAAAUGCGUUCUUCCACCUCACAAAACACUCAAUACUCCAGAUUGCGCAAUACCAAUAGCUUGCAACAUAUGGCUCCAUAUGUCCAAUGGGGUCAAAUGCAACAACAGCAGCAGCCAAAGAACUUACAAAACUCGGUCAAUGAUACCAAACGUAGCAUAAGCUAUGACAGUCAUAUACACUUGCAAAAUGUCAAUGGCAGAUUACAAAAUAAGCCAAUGCCGCCACCACCUCCUCCAAGGGAUCCCUUGAGAAGAGUAAAUGUUAGUGGUCACACACAAGACGGCAGUGCUGGUGAUUUGAGACCCAUGUCAUAUGCUUUUGAUCAAACCGGAGUGCCUGUUUUACCCACAUCCGGUCUCAAUGGUCGUUGUGUAUCGGACGACAAGAUUUGGGCACAACAGCCUCAUUAUCAAUCCAUACACUCACUGAAUAUUACACCCAAUCAGGCUAGCCAGCAAGCUGUGGCUCCAGCCAACCGUAGAUUUAUAACCAGAGCCGAAAGAGACGCUCAUCCGGGUAAGAAAUCUCUACCCAAUGGUCUAGAUUUUCAUUAUGUUGCCGAUGCUACACCACGUUCUCGCAAACCCAUACAUUUGCUUGAACCGAAUACUUUUGAAAAUGACAUUAAUGAUCCUACAUCCAAUGGCAUUUUGCGCACCACCAAGAGUGGUCUACCCAUUUCGCCCACGAAGACUAAUCCUACAGAAUUCUGGAAACGUUUGGAGGGUUCCAAACAGAAUGUCAACACACCAACGCCAGCACCACGUGGCAGAGAUAUACAGCGUUCUACAGGUGUGGAAGUCACCAUGAAACCUCGUUCAGUUUCUAGUUCUCGGGUGGGAGAAUUAAGAGCCUAUCCAGUGCCCAUGUAUUCAGAGGUUUAUAAGCCGAAAGCUAAGCCUUCACCUUUGCAAGCCACUACUUCUCCUUCAGCCACUGGAGGCGAUGAAGUCGAUAGUGUAAUUUGCGGCACUUUGCAUAUUAAACCUACUCAGGACAACAGCAACAAUUAUGUGGAAAUACGUAACAAGGAUACUAAUAAGGCCCAAUCCAUGCCAAAUCAUUAUCACAGACGUUCAGGUGAAAUACCCACCACUCCCAAUAAGUAUGAGGAAUAUGUUAAUGAACGCCGUGAACAAAAUCAAAAUCCUUUGUUUGAUGCUCCCCAGCCUCCACAGAGGAAACUAAGUGGUGUGCCUCAUAUACCGCAAUUGAGUUUCCCUCGCAAGAAACCGGCCAACUUAGAGGAGGCCAUUAAUGAAUUGGAAGCUAUUUAUCGUUCUUUAGGCCUAACCGAGGAACCCGAAACAAAGAAGGAGCGCAUAGCAACUCCCAAUGAUUUCGAGAAGUAUGCUUUGGCUCAUGCCGAUGAGUAUGAUGACGAAGAUUCUCCAGCUGGAGAACCUGACCCAAUAAGGGAUGAUGUUGCCUAUCGCAACAUAAAAUUGGCAAAUUUGCAACAUAGAGCAGCUGAAAAACAGCCACCAUUUGGCAUACCUUUGGGUCCUAUAGUACCAGCUGCUCAAACAGAUUAUUUGCAUGUGCAGCCAAAACACAAGGAGAUAGUGGCUUAUGAAACUACUAAAGCACCGGAUGUUAUAAAAGACGAUUUGGCUGUCAGGGCUUUACGCAAGGAUCCUACAGAGAACAAAGGCAGGUUCCAAUAUCCUUCGGGUAGCCUACUAAAGAAAAAUCGAGCUACACGCACUCAAUCGGCCAAUAUUUAUGCUCUAAUACAAAGAGAUGCCGCAAAACCUUCAGGAGGUGACUUGCAUUCUUAUAUGGAAUUAACUAAAAACAUUGAUCGUUCGGGCAGUAUGUCCGAUUUACACAAAAACGAUUCUGCCAGUGAUAUACCCACCACUUUGAAACUGUUGCAAAGUCUUAGAGAACAGGAUCGAGAACAAAAUCAAGCGAAAAAAGCGAAUAUACCUUUUCGCCAUCCCAGCCAGGGAGGAGCCAUUUGCCAGCUACCCGAAAAACUUAGUGCUGCAAGCCAUGAAGAGGAAAAAACUCCCAAAGCACCUGUACCCAUGCCACGUAAAUCUCUAACACCAGAACCCCAAAAUACUGACACCCAUAAAAUGGAGGAGGCUUUGAAUAAAAUUGCCCAGGAUGCACAAGAGAGCAGCAUAAAAUUAACCCAAGAAUUAAAGGAACUAAGGAAAGAGGCUUUGAUUACUGCCUCCAAGCCUAAGAAACCCAAUCCGGAAGAGGAAAGAUUGGUAAAAGAGCUGCAGGAAAUAGAAAAAGUUUCUCAGGCCGCCAAGAAAUGUGGUGAAAUGCUGUUGGACACUUUGCCCGAUAAUGCGACUGACACCGGAGAUGAAAUUGCUAAACCCAGAAAACUGCACAAAGAAGAUAAUUUAAUAAAGGCCAUAGAUCAGGUAUCAGAGGCCGCCAACAAAGUAUGUGAAAAGAUACUCAAGGACAUAGUAACCACUGAGCCACCAGUAGUGGUGCAAGAAGCUGUUAGAGUAACACAAAAGCCUUCCGAAAGCAAACCGGCCAAAGAAGAAAAUCUAGUUAUGCCCACUUUGAUCAAGAAACUAGAUCCCAUAAAUUCGACAAAUAUCGAAGCUAUAGCUAGAAGAUGUAUGCGCCAAUUAAGCGAUUUGGCAGACAGUCAUGACUAUGACAAUCUCAAUCAGCCGGAUAUAGCGGUGGCCUCAUCGUGUAAUAUGCAACAGGUUACAAAAGACGAAACUACAAAUGAUUUGACCACUUCUAAUCUUACAGAAACACGAAAACCGCCCAACAAACCCAACAGUAAACAGCAAAUCGAGGAGAUCGAUCAAAUAAUGAAGGAGUGUGAAGAUCAAGCCAAACAACAGCAACAACAAACCGUCCAAGUGAAAGGUGUGCCGGUAGUGGUAACACAUCACCAGCAACAAGUUAUAAAGGCUCCCGGUUCGAGUACCACCACCGCCUCCUCGUUCUCCUCGUCCAGCGAUUGUUUGGCCAAGUCAUCCAGCCCCUCGGGCAGUAGGCGUUUCUCCUCGAGUAUUACCUCCUUUAAUCCCUACUCGUCCAGUGAUUAUAUCAAAUCACCUAGUAGUGAAUUUCAUGCACCCAGCACUGAUCCCAUUAAAACCUUCAGCACUACAUCCUACGAUGUACAGUCGACAACCAGUGCCACACCGAAUCUAACCACCAACAGUACGUUCAGCUAUUCACCCUCACCGCCACCGCUAAAUCUAACGCCCAUCAGCAAUUGCAGUGCCACCAUAGCGUCCAACACUCAGCGUGGACGCUCUUCGUCGCCAUCUCAGUACAAUUCCUCCGAGGAAUUGGCCAUGAUCUUUGGCAUCGAAGAAAAGUCAAAAGCGAAAAAACUACAAAAUAAUUCAGGUAAAGAUGAUGUGACACCUAACGCUACUACCACUACUACGCCAGAGUUAUUGCUCGAGCAAGAAAACCUAAACACUAACGCUGCAUCCCCCCCAGAUUGUAACGCUAAUUCCGAUAAUUAUCAAUACUGUGCUAAAACUAAUGAUUGUUUAUUGUUGUUAUUAAACCCCAACUCAUGUUCACAUACUACUAAUAAUGCUAGCUCUACUCCCAUGUCAUCAACAUCAUCGUCAACUUCAUCAUCUAGGCUAGAAACUAUACCCGAAUUUUAUGGAGAAGGCUUAGACGGAACCCCACAAGAGUCAGUUAAAUUAUCAGCUAAUUUCAAUAAGAUCUAUGCCAGUAAAUUAAGUAUAUUUGUGGAUAGAAUGAGGGAAGAACAAACACGCUCUCCCCAACCUCUAACACAGUGUGAUUCCUUAAGUUCUUUGGAGGAAACUUCCUCAAAUCCAGAUUCGGGUAAUGUUAGUUUAGCGGAUUUUCCUUUAGGUCAACAGAAUCUUAAUGUUAGUUUGCAACUAAGUUCCAAUUACAAUACACGUUUUGAGGUUAGAAAUUGCUUUAAGAGCGAGGUAACCAUAGAUAGUAAUAAGAAGCAGGAGAAAGAUAAUGAGGAGUUGGUAGAAUUCCCUAGACUUCCCACGGCCGAGGAGUUGGAAGAGAGUUUAAAGGAACGUUAUGAUUUAGAGGAGAAUCUCAAGAAAACCGAAGAAUUUUUGGGAGAACAAAGUGUAUUAAGAGAGAAAUUAGCUUUGGCCAAGGAAGAUCAUGAACUAAUGGGCGAGAGAAUUAUCUGGGCUAGAGAUGAGAUUAUGGCAGAGGUAAAAGCUUUGGAAGAAAAAGCUUUAAGAGAAAAAACACAAAACGAAGCUAAUAAAUUAGGAGAAGAGCAGGAAGAAGAAACUUUAACAGAAAAUUAUAGCUCCUUGAAACUAGAUAAUAGUAAUUCAUUAAGUUUAGAGGAAUCUGAAAUUAAGGUACCAUUACGCAAGCGCAGCAUUAUUAUAGAAACGCCUCAAUUGGAAAUGAAUAUCAUGGAAGAGAGAAUUAAUUACGAGUUUAGUGUUAAUAAAGAGGACUCAAAGCAAGACCCUAGCAACGAGCUAUCAAGUCUAGAAGAAUUGUCAUUGAAUUGCCAAGAGCUAAAUGAAGCUUUACAACAGGAAGUGGAGACUUUAGAGGAAGACACAAAAGCUUUAAGCUUAGAGAACACACAAGCAACAAACAAUGAAGAAAAUCCAACUCAAACUGAGACCGACUUAAGGCUACGCGUAUGGCAACCACCUCAAAACCCUGAUGAAUUGCCCUCCACCAGCUCCAAAGUCUCCUCAAAUAUGGUGGUUAAUGUUUUGGGUGAACGACGCCAAGCGGUGAAUGGUUUAACUCUACUAGAGCAUCUGGUUGCCGCUUGUACAUUAGGUAUCAUUAACACGGAUGAUAUGUUUACACUGUGUCUUAUAAUUAUUGGCAUCAUAAUUGUUAUAGCUAUAGCCUUAUUUUGAAUGAAA